AUGAACACAAAACUGACAACAUUCCUUCGCGCCUGCAUCCUGACCGGCGUAUGCGCUUUUAGCGCGCAGGCCAUGGCGCAGGCCUACCCGACCAGGCCGGUCAAGCUCGUCGUGCCCUACCCUCCGGGCGGCCCGGUGGAUGGCGUGGCUCGCGGCGUUGCAGACCGCCUCUCGAAGAUCUGGAACCAGCCCGUCGUGGUUGAGAACAAGGUCGGGGCCAACGAGAUCAUCGCGGCUGACUAUGUCGCCAAGGGUCCCAGCGACGGCUACACCAUACUCUUCGGGGCCGACCCGACGUUUGCAACCAACCAGUUCCUCUUCAAGAAGCUGCCCUACGACCCUGUGAAAGACCUCAUUCCGGUCAGCCGCAUCGCCAUCGUGAACAUGGCCAUCAUCCUGAGCGGAACCUUCCCGCCGAACAACAUGAAGGAGUUCGUUUCGCUGGUCAAGGCCAACCCCGGCAAGUUCAACUAUUCGGCCGGUGCGGGUACUGCCGCGCACGUGCAGUUUGAUGCCUUCCUGCGCCAGCAGGGCCUGGACAUGACGCACAUUGCCUACAAGGGCACCGCGUCUGCAUUGCAGGACAUCCUGAGCGGCCAGAUACAGGCCACCAUGGGCGGCAUCACGGUGGCCAAGCCGCACCUUGCGUCGGGCAAGAUGAAGCUGCUGGCCAUCAACGGCAACAAGCGCACCAAAUCGCUGCCCGAUGUGCCGACCUACGCAGAGGCUGGUUUCCCCAAUACACAGGCCUUCUUCUACGUGGGCUUCGCAGUGCCCAAGGGCACGCCUAAAAACGUCAUCGACGCCAUCACGACAGCCAAUCGCAAGGUUGCCAACGAUGCUGAAUUUAUCGAGAAAACGCUGGACCCGUAUGCCUAUGAGCCGAUCACCGAAACCCCGGAGCAGUUCGCGAAGUUCCUCGUCGGCGACCGCAAGCUGGCCGAAAAACGGAUUCGUGAAGCAGGCGCGCGCCUGGAGCAAUGA